GUUUGAAUUCAUUAGCGCAUAACACUUAACUAAUAAUAAUAAAUGUUACUUAACAACACAAUCAAAUAAAAUCCGUACACUUUAAAAAAUAAAAAAAAACCGUCACUGUUCAACGCCGACGACAACCGAAGUGGGAGAAACGGACGACUGAGGUGGUACGACGAUGGCGACGAUGAUUUUCGGCGACGGUGACGGCACAUCGACUACGCUGUCUCUCUUCCGGUGGUUGUUGGUCGAGAUUUUUCAGGUAUAGAGUUGGCAUUGGCACCAUGGCUAAAUCCAAAGCAGAUGAGAAGAUUCUCAGCUACAACGAUGUUGUUCUCAGACGAUCAGAUUUGGACAUUCUCAAUGGUCGUAAUUAUCUCAAUGACCGCAUCAUUGAGUUCUAUUUUAGCUAUCUCAGCUCACUCUUUCCAUCUGAGGACAUAGUACUGGUACCACCUUCCAUUGCUUUCUGGAUUAAAGAGUGUCCUGAUCCUGCAAGUCUGAAGGAUUUCAUGGAACCAUUUCAUUUUUCUCUAAUGAAGUUGAUUCUCUUACCUAUCAGCGAUAAUUCUAACGUGUGUAUGGCUGAAGGUGGGAGUCAUUGGAGCUUACUGGCUUUUGAUAGAAACUCCAAUAUGUUUGUACAUCACGACAGCAGCUCCUGGUGCAUGAAUGAGUAUCAUUCCAAACAAGUAUACAAAGUUACUCUUCCCUAUACAGCAUCCAACGCCAAUUAUGAAGAGUGUCCAAACACGCCAAAGCAAGUCAAUGGUUAUGAUUGUGGCAUGUAUGUCUUAGCUAUUGCACGAGUCAUCUGUGAGUGGUAUGCAAGCAGUGGAACCCAAGAUGAUGCAGAUACUCUCUGGUUCUCUCGUUUGGAACAGGUCAGUCCAAGUGCUGUUUCAGAGAUGCGUAAAGAUAUUCUGGGGCUAAUAAAAGGUCUGAUGGCUGCACCCAAGAGUGUGGCUUAACCCUCAAUCAAGUUGGUGAAACACCAAAAGCACUAGGUGAGGUUUAAACCCAGCAGAGAUCAACAUGAAGUUUGAUUGUCAGUUGGAUUUUCAGGGAAGAUUUGUUAUUUCAAAAGAAAGCUGAUGAGGAAAACUAGGAAUAUAGUAUCUCUACUUUGAUAAAAGAGUAGUUUUCAUUGUCGAAAAGACAAAGCGCAACCCAUAGUAGAUGAGGCAUCCUUGGUGUUAGAUGUAAAUGUUCCUUACUAAAGUUGAAUCAAUCUCUAUAUAUUUUGUUCGAUCAUUAAGUACACGAUAAACGAAAAUUUUACUAUGGGCCUCAUGCAUCAUGUCAUAGUUGCAUGAGGCAUUAUUAUUUUGCCACAUGCACUUUUUAGAUCCCACCUGUCA